CCACCGAAAGCUGCUAAAGAGUCACAAGCAAGCCACGACGAUCGAUCCAGCGGUAGACAGAGGAUGGCAGUCGAUAGCAUGCACGUCGUGAUGUUCCCCUUCCUCGCCUUCGGCCACAUCAGCCCGUUCGUGCAGCUGGCGCGCAAGCUCGUCGCCGCCGGCGGCGUGCGGGUCACGCUGCUGUCGGCCGCGGCCAACGUGCCCCGCGUCGAGGCCAUGCUGGGGCCGGCGGCCGGCGCGGUGGCCGUGGCCCCGCUGCGCCUCCAGCGCGUGCCGGGGCUCCCCGAGGGCGCCGAGAGCACGGCCGAGGUCUCGGCGGACGGCGCCGAGCUGCUCAAGGUCGCCGUCGACGGCACCAGGCCGCAGGUGGCGGCCCUGCUCGCGGAGCUCGGCCCCGACGCCCUGCUGUUCGACUUCGCCACCCCAUGGGUCACCGAGCUCGCGGCGCCGCUCGGCAUCAAGGCGCUCCAGUUCUCGGUCUUCUCCGCCGUGUCCGGCGCCUACCUGAUGAACCCCGCCCGCCGCCUCGGCGCCGGCGGCCAGCUGCCAACCGCGGACGACCUCACGUCGGCGCCCGCAGGCUUCCCACCGUCGUCCAACAUCGCCACCGUGCCGGCCUACCAGGCCGCCGACUUCAGCUACGUGUUCACCAGCUUCCACGGCGAGCCGUGCGUGUACGACCGCGUCCUCGCCGGCGUCAAGGCCAGUGACGCCCUCGUGAUCAAGACGUGCUUCGAGAUGGAAGGCCCCUACAUCAACUACCUCACUGCCCAGCACGGCAAGCCGGUGCUCGUCACGGGCCCGGUCGUGCCGGAGCCGCCGCAGGGCGAGCUGGAGGAGCGGUGGGCCAAGUGGCUCUCCUCCUUCCCGGACAACGCCGUCGUGUUCGCCUCCUUCGGGAGCGAGACGUUCCUCCCGGCCGCCGCCGCGACGGAGCUCCUCCUGGGCCUGGAGUCCACCAACCGGCCGUUCUUGGUCGUGCUCAACUUCCCCAAGGGCACGGACACCAAGGCGGAGCUGGCCAAGUGCACGCCGCCGGGGUUCGCCGAGAGGACCAAGGGCAGGGGCGUGGUGCACACGGGGUGGGUGCAGCAGCAGCACAUCCUGCGGCACCGCAGCGUGGGGUGCUUCGUGAACCACGCCGGGCUGAGCUCCGUGGUGGAGGGGCUCGUCGCCGGCUGCCGCCUGGUGCUGCUGCCGAUGAAGGGCGACCAGUACCUCAACGCGGCGCUCUUCGCGCGUGACCUCCGCGUCGGGGCGGAGGUGGCGCGGCGCGACAGCGACGGGUGGUUCGGGCGCGGGGACGUGAGCGACGCCGUGGACACGGCGAUGGCGGACGGGUGGGAGGGCCAAGGCAUUAAAUGGAGGGACUUCUUGAUGGACGACGCCGUGCAGAAGAGGUUGGCAGAUGAUUUCGUCACCGAUUUCAAGAAGUUCGUGAGGGCCUGAAAAGAUGAUGUUUCCAUGGCCAUGCUCUCUGCAGUCUGCAGAUCUGCACUGCACUCGUCCUCUCAGCCACAGGCCUUCGUGCUCCUACCGUCGCCAUCCAUCGAUUUGACCAAACAAGUCGUCUGCCUACGGGCUUGCCAUCUUCCCCGCCUCCGACGGGCCUCUUCUCUUCCUCUCCGGCGUCCUCAAAGCUUGCCGUCGCUCGCUACCGAGCUCCUCCUACAAGGCAAGGCAAGCUGACUUUUUCUCUUUUCUUUCCUUUUUCUGAUGAGAUCCACCGGACAGACUGCUGCACAAAGCUUCCGUUCAUGCAGCCGUCUCUCAGGAUCAGCAUCAGCAUCAGCAUCAGCAUGAGGAGACGAAAAACGCACGCACAAAUGAACCCACCGGAUCGAGGUCGAGGCGGAUGGAUCUUCCCCAAUUUCGCGAUGCUUCACUCUUGGAUUUUACAUACAUACUAGUACAUGCCAAAUAACAGAGCUCCAGUUUCGGUUCUUUAAUAUUCCACCUCCUCCAUCCUGUCUGUCGAUUUCGAUCUGAUUGUCGCCCACCCAACCAUGCAUCUUCCCCGCAUCCGCCGUGCCUCCAUCUCCUCCUCCUCCUUCCUCAUGAACCUGCCUGACGGCGCCUCCUCCCCGACCAACUAAACCAACACCGAAUCCGUCCUCUCUUCCUCGUCUCCUCACCGGCCAACAUGACCGGCCCCGAUUCCGAUUCCGACGCGAACCAGCAGCCUGCCUGCCGAUUCCGAGCAUCAAUUUUUCCUCCCCUAGACCCCACCCCACCAUUCCCCAAGCUCCAAUUUUUCACCGGAGACGACAACCCCUCACUCUCUCCCCCGCCCGCUCUCGUCCAUGGCGUCGGUCGCCCCGGAGAGGAGAACGAGCACGUUCGUGUGCUCUCCGUCCGUCCGGGGGAAAUGGAUGGCGUCGGGACUCGUCGUCCUCCUCUGUUCGUCCCCUCCCACCCGACGGAGGAGCCGGAUCCCCUGACUUGCAGGAGGCAGGUCAGGGUGCUACAAUUCCUCUUUAUUAGUAUUAUAUAAAAAAAAUUGGGAAGGGAGUCCACAAAUCACUGUGGAUUUACCACUGUUUACGGAUCACUGUACACGAUUAUUGUUCAUAUAGUACAUUGGUUUUGAUCAAACUUUGUAGAAAUCUGGCCAAGGGAAGUCAGGUCCCUCCCAAAGUCAGCGGAUAUAUCUGAAUCCCCACCCGACAGUGCCACGUUUUGGGUUAAUAGGUCUUCUUCAUCAGCUGUUUAGUUCCACAUCGGCCUAUUUUCCGAGAUAACCUUCUCAAGUUUUGACCUUCAAAACUUAUUUCCAACAUAUUUUACGUGAUUUGCCAAUUGGCAAAAAAAAACUUUUUUGCAUGCUGCCGUUAAACAUAUGUUGAUCGCAUGUGUUUGGUGAUGCCGGAAAAGAAAAUAGAAAAGCAAAGGACAAAACCUUUCCGAAGAUCAUGCACUCGGAAUAC